AUGGGCCUCUUCUCACGAAAGGACAAGGCGUCCAGAUCGGGCUCGUCCAAGCCGCAGCUCAACAGCUCCCAGUCCAAUGCGAGCCUCAACUCGGGCUCCUCCAGCCUCAAGUCGCCGACCACCACAGCCGCCUCCUCCUCCGGCCGACUCGGCGUCCGGACAUCGGCCGGCCCGACCCACGGCAGCGGCAGCGGCAGCUACUACAACAACAACAACAACAACUCCUCCGGCCCGAACACGCCUCUGACCCCCUUCUCACCCAUCCAUAUUCCCCGCAUCGACCUGCCCAAGCCCCCCGACCCGGCCCUUGAUCCAGCGGGCUACCUGCGCAGCCUGGGCGCUAUCAGGGAGCGAUGCAAGAUCGUCACGGACAAGGCCCUGCGCGAUGAGCUGCGGCACUUUGACGUGGACAUGGGCAAGUUUGGGGACGUCGUGUCGUUCGUGUGUGGCAUCAUCAAGAGGGACUAUGAUGCACCCUUCAACACAAUCCCGCCCCACGGAAGACACCAGCACUUCUGCGUCGGCGGCAGGGAUCGCAUCGCCCACAUGCUGUCCAUGUGGGACGACAUCGACAGCACGGAGAAGUGCCAGCGCCUGAUCGACCUGUAUCUCGUCAGUGUCCUGCUGGAUGCUGGCGCCGGCACGCAGUGGAGCUACAAGAGCAUCGAGAACGGCCGCAUCUACCGAAGGUCAGAAGGUCUCGCCGUCGCCAGCCUCGAGAUGUUCAAGGCGGGUCUCUUCUCAGGGAACAGCCAGAACAAGUUCCAGGUCGACAAGCACGGGCUGCGAAAUCUCACAGUCGAGAAGAUGGCUAAGGGCCUUCAGUCAAGGCCAGGAAACGAGAUUGCCGGCCUCGAGGGACGCACGGAGCUUCUUGUCAGACUGGCUGGCGCAUUAGACGAGAAGAAGGAGUUCUUCGGCGAGAGCGGAAGGCCCGGCAACAUGCUGGACCAUCUGCUCUCACACCCCGCAACACAAGCCUCCUCCAUGCCCAUCGUCCCGCUUCCCGUCCUCUGGAACGUGCUCAUGUCUGGUCUCGCCUCCAUCUGGCCGCGCUCCCGCACAGCCAUCAACGGCGUCUCCCUCGGCGACGCCUGGUCCUGCACCUCGAUGCCGCAGCCCACCCCGCACGCCUCCUCCUCCUCCAGCCCCAGCGCCAGCAGCCCGCCCACGUUCUCGCCCUUCCCGCCCUCCGCCUCGAGCGGCAGCAACGGCAGCGCGCGCGGGCGCGGGCGCUCCGCCUCCGGCGCCGCGGCGUGGGAGUCGAUCCUGCCGUUCCACAAGCUGACGCAGUGGCUGACCUACUCGCUGAUGCAGCCGAUGCAGUCCCUGCUCAAGAUCCACUUCGCCGGCGCCGAGCUGCUCACCGGCCUGCCCGAGUACCGCAACGGCGGGCUGUUCAUCGACAUGGGCGUGCUGACGCUCAGGCGGGACGACGCCGAGCGCGGCCUGCAGCACUACGCCGACUACUGCCGGCGCACGGGCACCAAGCCGGUCGAGGUGGCGCCCAUGUUCGAGCCGGGGGACGACGUCGUGGUGGAGUGGCGCGGCGUGACGGUCGGCUUCCUGGACCGGCUGCUCGUGGAGGUCAACCGGGCGCUGAGGGCCGAGCUGGCGGGCAAUGAGCUUACGCUGGCGCAGCUGCUGGAGGCGGGUAGUUGGAAGGGUGGACGAGAGAUCGCAGAAGUCAGCCGCCCGAAUACCAAGGAGCCGCCCAUUUUGAUCGACAGCGAUGGCACCGUGUUCUAG